AUGCAGUUCUCCACCAUCCUGUCCGCCCUCUCCCUCUUCGCCGCCUCGGCCACUGCCGUCACCGUCUCCUACGACACCGGCUACGAUGAUGCCGGCCGCUCUCUCACCGUCGUCUCCUGCUCCGAUGGCCAGAACGGCUUGAUCACCAAGUACGGCUGGCAGACUCAGGGCCAGAUCCGCUCCCAGUACAUCGGUGGUGCCGAUGUCAUUGCCGGCUGGAACUCCGCUCAGUGCGGCACUUGCUGGGAGCUCAGCUACAACGGCCGGACCAUCAACGUCCUCGCCAUCGACCACGCCGCCGCAGGCUUCAACAUCGAGCUGUCUGCCCUCGACGCCCUGACCGGCGGCCAGGGUAUCGCUCUCGGCCGCAUUGAUGCUUCCAGCAGACAGGUUGCUAUCUCGGCCUGCGGACUCUAA